UGAAAACCAGAGCUGUGGAUGAAACUCUCCUGAGCCCACGACCCCUUUCUCACCAUGAAACCAGCAGUUGUAACUGGGAUAACCAAUGACAGCAAUUUGGAGAACUGAAGAGAAGCUGAGAGUAAAUUGAUUUAAGUAUUGAAGAGAGUGACUGCCAACUGCUGCUUCUUCAGCUGAGAGCAGAGACAGAAGAAACAACAGCAAACUUCUCUACCCUUCAGCCCAGCACUAACCUUUCCCUGCACUUUCUUUCCAGAAGAGAAGAAUAAAACCCAGACUGUUGUCAAUAAGCUCCAAGAAAGGAAAAGGUAUCCUGAGAGAGAUUUGUUUUCUAAGCCACCUGGACUGUGCACUGUACUCCAGCUCUAAUCAUUCUCCUUUGUUGGCAAUGAAUGCUACUGGCUCCCUGCUUUCUUCUCAGAAUCUGUUGUCAAAAGGCACAGAGGAAGUCAAUGCCACUAUCCUCUUUAGCAACCAGAGCAGCCCUGGAUUCUGUGAGCAGGUCUUCAUCAAGUCCGAGGUCUUUCUAACUCUGGGAAUCAUCAGUCUCCUGGAAAACAUCCUUGUCAUCUUAGCCGUGUUGAAGAAUGGAAAUCUGCACUCUCCUAUGUACUUUUUCCUCUGCAGUCUGGCAGUGGCAGACAUGCUGGUAAGUGUGUCCAAUGCCUUGGAGACCGUGAUGAUUGCCCUCCUCACCAAUGACUACUUGAGCUUUGAUGACCAACUCAUUCAACAUAUGGACAAUGUCUUUGACUCCAUGAUCUGCAUCUCUCUGGUCGCCUCCAUCUGCAAUCUCUUGGUCAUUGCCAUUGAUAGGUACAUCACAAUUUUCUAUGCCCUGCGAUACCACAGCAUCAUGACAGUGAAAAAAGCUAUCACCUUGAUUGGGGCCAUCUGGAUCUGCUGUUUCAUCUGUGGCAUCAUGUUCAUCGUCUACUCUGAGAGCAAGACCGUCAUCGUGUGUCUCGUUACUAUGUUUUUUGCCAUGCUGCUCCUCAUGGCCACCCUCUAUGUGCACAUGUUCCUGUUUGCCCGGCUACACAUCAAACGUAUUGCAGCACUACCAGCGGAUGGGGCGAUGCACCAACAUACCUGCAUGAAGGGGGCGGUCACCAUCACUAUUCUACUGGGGGUAUUCAUUUUUUGCUGGGCACCUUUCUUCCUCCAUCUCAUCCUCAUCAUCACAUGUCCCACUAAUCCUCAUUGCAUUUGUUAUACCUCCCACUUCAAUACCUACCUGGUCCUUAUCAUGUGCAACUCAGUCAUUGACCCCCUCAUUUAUGCUUUCCGGAGUCUUGAGAUGCGCAAGACCUUUAAGGAAAUAAUCUGUUGUUGCAGCGGUAUAAAUUCAGGGUAGUGUACCUCAUGCUGCGGGACCCUGAAAUGUAAGAAAUCACAUUCUGAAUACAUUACCCUAUAAUCAGUGGUUUAAAAUUUUCAUUAUUGUUUCUUUAAACUUCCUUUUAUUUAAAAAAGGAAUAAAUGCUUCUGAAAAAGAAUAUUGUGCAUAAAUUACCCUUUAAAUGGAUUUGCAUGGUGGUUAGAGUAGCAAAAAUUACUGUGUAUCUCCCCUAGUGUCACUCCAGGAAAAACAUGCUAGUCAAAAUCUGCAUUGGUUUCUAAAUCCAAGUUCUGUAAAAAUCUGUUUUCCUGUUAAACUACCUGAUUUCUAUGCUAUUAGGCACCAGGGCAAAAGAGGAACAUUAACAGGUAAAAGGAUUAUAAUCUCCUGGAAAAUUCGACCCUGUAACCACCUACUAAGGUCCUUCGGUACCCUGUUGGAAUUUAGUCUGGUGGUUUUGUUUUUAAUUAAGGAAUAAGAGUUGCUGCUUUCUUAUCCCUUUUAAGUAUGUCUUGAGCUGUUUCAAGUAGUACUUUCUAAGAUAAAUUAACUCUUUAUGAAACAUCAAGAUGCUGGCUGACUUGUCAUCUAGCUUUGUAAUGUAACCAGCUUCUGCAGUAAAGGGAGCCUUCAAAAUACUGACAAAAGCAAGCCAGUGGGUUUGGGUAAAGUUAGGGAGUACCCUUGACCAUCGUACUGUUACAUCACUUUUUUGAGGAAUGGAUUAUUCUUUUGAGGCUUUCUCCUACUUUGUUUUUCUAAUGUCUUUAAAAAAGAAAAAGCGAGAAUGAGAGAAUUUUCCUCUCUGACUUAACAUGAGCAAUUGCUAUGUUCAUUCACAAGACAAAAUUUGAAAACUGUUGAUUUAACCUUUCAGAGCCUUCUUCUGUUAGUCUCAAAACAGGUGAGAAAUCUAGUUGCUUUCUUAGACUUUUCUGUUGAAAGUACUGUGACCAAAUUCACAUGCUGUAUUCUUGAUAUCUUAUAUUGAAGAAAAUGUGUUCUGAGUUUCCUUUAGCACUUUUGCACUGGUGCUCUGAAGGCUAUGAAUUUCCUGAGUGAAUUCCUUGAAUAGCCUGAAUUGUUAAGUGUAUUCUGUCUUCACUGAGUAACCAAGUAAUUGCAUUUUAAUACUGAUGUGAUACUGUGCUCUUUUAAUGUGAAAAAUAGAAGCUUUUAGUGAUUCUGAUAUUUAUUUGUCUUUAAAGUUGUUUUGUGAUACUGGUAAACUUAUUCCCUGCUAUGCUUAUGUUGCUCUCAAGUGGUGAGAGUUGUUUGAUGCUGCUAAAAUUAAAAGGAAAGUCCCCAAAUGUGUUCUAUUUUAAAUAAAUUAUAUGAAAA